AUGUGCGACUGCGCCGAAGAGGCGGAGAGGCGACAGGCCGAAGAGGAGAGCCAGCGCGCAGCGAGCGAAGAGCAGAUACCACGUGACGGGGAGAGAAGAAAGAGAACGGGGGUGCCCCAGGGUUCCCAGUCAGAUCAGGGCUCGUGCGUCCGGAGCGAUGGGUGCGGCUUCUUCUCCUGUGGCGUUGGAAGCUCAGGGGGCUGGCUGCCAGCCGCGGGCUCCGCUCUGGUGCUGGCGAUGCUGGCCUUCUUGUACAAGCACAUGGGCAAGCUGCGAAGGCUGCUGGGCGCGAGACCGGUGCAAGGCCCCGCCAAGGCCAAGCGCGGCUUCGACAACUGCGCCAGGGAUUACUACGCGACGGUGAGGGGCGGAAAG